GUGCCAAGCCGUUCCCCAGUGUCCAGUUGUCCGGUGUCCCCCAGACUGUAUCCUCGACGAUAUACUGGACGAGCAGGCAGCCCAUCACGUAAUUGCACGCGCAGCUGUGGACGACGCCCCCUUAUCUACCGAAUGUGUCACAGCCAACACCUCAACCAAUUGUUGCCAUCAUGGUCGCCAGCUAGAUCGCUCACUCCCUGAUACUGUCUCGCUUCCCGUUUCCGUCUCCCUGCCCUGCCCGUCCACACUCUCGCGAUGCCGCCCGCGCCGAGUCAGAAGGGCACGGGCAAGAAGGCCUCGGGUGGAAAGCCUCAGCGUAGUCGCAACACCACCCCCAUGUCCAGCCUGCCCGCAAACGCCAACACCACCUCCACUGCCAACGCCGCCGCCGCUGCCGCCGCCGCUGCCGCUGCCGCUGCCGCUAGCAUCCCGCCCGUCGAGCUGCUCGACAGCGAGCUACUCGACAUCAAGUACGAACACGUGCGAACCAUCCUAGCCGACGACAUCAUCGACCAGGGCGUCUCCAAUGCCGUUAUCCCCGAUUCCAAGACCCUCGAUGCGCUACUCUCCAAGUUAGAGAAGCUGCACGACCUCAUCGACCGCCGCGGCAAUUGGUGCGACAAGGCUAUGCGCCUUGUUGUGAGCGAGAAGAAGGGCCACCUCGCCAACGAAAUGCAGUCGGCCACCGCCAAAUCCGAAUCGCGCAAAGAUGGUUUGUCGCAGGAUGGGGAGAAGAAGCCCAACAAGAAGAAAAGAAAAGCAAAUGACAAUCUCACCGCCGGAGACCAGAAUAUUGAACGAUCCCCACUACGUGAUUCUAGUAGCAAACCUCUCAAACAGUCUCGCGACAACAACUCGGCCAGUUCUUCGCUAUCUCCUGUCGCCCACCCCGCAUCGAGUGCUAUGGAGGUUGACGAAAAAGUGAAGCUUGACAAGGAUACGCGCGAGGAAGAGGAGGAGGAAGGAGAAGAGUCCUCGGAAGAUGAGUUCGCGCCGCCAGCUCGCGAAGUCCCCCAAUUCCAGACUUUUGGUGAAGACCCAUCCACCUUCCCCGACCCCACCGUAUAUGAGAUCCUCGAUGCCAAGUCAGGCAUGUCGAUUGAUGAGUUGAAGGAGCUGUAUUCUGUUGCCGUCUUUCCUAAGACAGAUCUCUCCGACCAGAUUGCCGGCGACCCUCCCGAUAAGGAUUUCAGCAAUGCCAAACCGACAAAUCAGAUUAGUUUUACCACCUUUUCGUCUUAUGUUGAACCGUACUUUCGUCCAUUCGCCGAGGAGGAUCUCACAUUCCUACGAGAGCGAGGCGACCGUACAACGUCCUUCAUUAUGCCGAAACGAGGCAAAAAGCACUAUACAGAGAUAUGGGCGGAGGAAGAUAAUGCGAUGGCCAUUGACUCCAAUGGCCAAGGUAGGGACAAGUUGGCGCCUAAUCAACCCCGUGGCACCAUCGACAAUAUGGACGAUGAUGUUGCAGAGACGGAUAAGCUGUCGGUCGGACCAGUGCUCUCCCGUCUCCUGCAAGCCAUGCGCCCCGAAGCACGCGCACAACCGAGCGAAGACAAGCCUAUGACAAACGGCGUUAACGGCGACGUAGAUGCAAGAGAGGAAACCAACGGGGAUGGGGCCCCAGGCGCCGCCGGUGAUGAAGCCAAAAGCAUUCCGCCCGCCGCUUUCAUGACGGAAUCGGCCAGCGAAGCCUGGAAGAAGGCGACGCAUCCAAAGCUUGAUUAUCUGCAAGUCGACGAGCGCAUCAAACAAGAGCUUCGGCAUAUCGGAUUUUUACCGCAAGAAGGAUUUGAUGGUGACUACGACGGUCAUUUCGAUGACGAGGUAGCGGCACGGUUACGACUACUCCAAGAUCGACUGCGCCAUCAGAUCCUCGUCAAUGGCGCCCGCAAGGCGAGACUCACCGAACUUGUCAAAGAGAGGAUGGCACACCAGGAAUAUCAAACCAUCUUGGAAGACCUAGAUACUCAAGUCCAAGGCGCCUACCUUAAGCGCACGCGAACUAUGGGCAAGAGUAAGAAAUCAAAGCGACCUGGUGGUGCCGGCGGUGGUAGCCACCCCGCUGGUGGUGCUGGUGCUGGCAUGGCAAGACCAGGCAUUGGUGACGUGACCAAGACACUGAUGGAACGACGGCGUCGCUGGAUCGACAAUAUCGGAACGGUGUUUGAUGAUGAGAACCUCGGCAAAGUGCCUCGCGCCACUGACUCCAAUAGUACCAUCUUCAAGCCUGAUGUUAUGGCUGAUCUGAUGAAGAAGGAACGACAAACUUGGGACGAGGAAGUUGAAGAGGAAUGAGACAGCAGUGACUUCAUAUUGGCGAAUGGAUUAUAAAAUUCUUAGCAUGAUCAUGUACAACAGGGGUGCAGCAGCAGGCGUUGGGUUGUUUGAUACCGGAUAUGGAGUUUUGGGAGUUGAAGCGCCGCAGCCCAACAGAUUUCUCUGUUCGAGGAUGGUAUGGAGGUCAUCUGUUUGCAUCCAUUGUUCUUAUGGGCAGGGGGAUGGGGCUUUUGCCGUGGGGAAUAUCCUGUGACGAACUUUGCAUCAAACCUUGCUUGACAAGAGCUACGUAGAGCAAUUAAUUGAUCAUGGCAAGAUUAAAACAAUGCAUUACCUAUCACUCCAUACAAAGUCAAUAAGAUAGGCCAGUCUCACGAAGCUGAUGCCUUUUUUAUCUAGACCAUACCAUGUAUAAAUCUCACUUCAAAAGCAUACAUCAUUUAAGGC